UUUAAGGAAAAAGAAUCACGUCCGUAAAUAACGGUCACGUGGUCUGGCCGUAGCCUAGGAGACGCCCUGUUUACUUCCGGGUUGAAAGCUGCCGCGGCACCAACACGCCCACGACGCGGAGCAAAGCGGAUUAAAGUCCCGCAGAGAUGGCAGGGGAGGCGGAAGAGGAGAUCCCAGAAUCUGGAGCUGUUUUUACUUUUGGAAAAAGCAAAUUUGCUGAAAAUAUCCCCAGUAAAUUUUGGUUGAAAAACGACGUGCCUCUGAAAAUCGCCUGUGGGGACGAGCACACAGCCUUAAUCACCGAAAAUGGGAAACUCUUCAUGUUUGGCAGCAACAACUGGGGCCAACUGGGUUUGGGAUCCAAAGUGACGGUAAACAAGCCCACCUGUGUCAAAGCUCUGAAGUCGCAGAAGGUGACGCUGGUGUCCUGUGGGAGGAACCACACACUCAUCUGUACAGCUCAGGGGAACGUGUUUGCCGCCGGUGGAAACAGUGAAGGUCAGCUGGGACUGGGAGACUGCGAGGAGAGGACGUCCUUUCACAGGAUCCGUUUCUUCGACUCGCACGGACCAAUCAGAAUGCUCUCUGCCGGCUCCAACACCUCGGCCGCUCUCACAGACAGCGGUAAACUGUUCAUGUGGGGGGACAACGGCGAGGGGCAGAUCGGCCUGGGGAAGGAAAGCCACGCCUCUUCACCGCAGGAAGUGGGCGUGGGACGGCCAAUCAGCUGGGUUUCCUGUGGAUACUACCAUUCUGCCUUAGUGACAGUGGACGGAGCUCUGUACACGUUUGGUGAGCGCGACAGCGGUAAACUGGGUCUGAGCACCGACCAGCUGACCGGACACCGAGUCCCACAGAAGGUCAAGACCAUCGGCCGACCGGUCAGCCAGGUGGCCUGUGGAGGAGGACACACGGUGGUGCUAACAGACGACGGCGUCUACACGUUCGGCCUGGGUCAGUACGGUCAGCUGGGACACGGGACCUUCAUCUUCGAGUCGCGGAUUCCUCGUCAGGUCGAACACUUCCAGAAGGGUCGAGUGUGUCGGGUGGACUGUGGGGAAAACCACACGGCCGUCGUCACCGACAGCGGUUUACUGUACACGUUCGGUGACGGUCGACAUGGAAAACUGGGCCUGGGGGAGGAAAACUUCACCAACCAGUUCAAACCCACACUGUGUCCACGCUUCCUCCAGUACCACGUUCAGGCAGUAGGUGUUCGCAUUCACAUUCAGACGCCCUCAUUAUUCUGUUUUAGCCAAAAAAAAUCACAACAGUCCAAGUGUCCCUGGACGCCAGCAGCAUGUUCU